CGCGCCCUACCAAACUUCGUGUUGUUGGAUUUCGUAAGAUCAUGUGACUUCGAAGAUCGUUAUGGAAGAUAGUUCUAAUAUACCUGUUGCAGCCGGUGACCCACCACCGACUGAUUCCGAAAACAAUGUUGUACAACAAGAGGAAAAGUGUGAGAACGGAGGACCCGCAAUUAGUGACGAAUCAGGCAAUAAAGAUGAGAGUGGCAUAAUUGUUGAAGGUCUUAUAGCAAACAAAAAUGUAACUGUUGAAGUGAAAGAAGCGUCAGUGGUGAAUGAUUUGUGUGAAAUAAACGAUGACGCUCGAUCAUUGGGUGAUUUGGAGAGCUUGCCGGCGGGAGACGAAUUAGCAUUGGGCGCUGCGGGCAGCGACAGUGGAGUGGAAGGCUGUGGGCGAGCACUCAGUAGCGGAGGGGGGUCUCGAUCAUGCGCUUCGAGUGUGGUGUCUUGCGGAUCCGGCUGCGGUUCAGAGAGUUCGUCAUUGGCAGGAGCGCCCCCUCGACCGCGUCGCCGUGUGAACGUCGCCGUCGCAGAACCGAAACGCAGUUCUCCCAUCGGUUCGUCUACUCCUCGUCCAGUCACGGCCCCUCGAGGUCCCAAUCUUGCAACACGAGAUCGCGCAAGAAGUCGAGAGAAACCGACUCCGCCUGAAAAACCCAGACCACUGACGCCUAAACCUCGUAUCCGUCCGACCACAGACUUGCCUAACCUAGUUCGCGAGAGCCCUGCCCUGCGUGCUAAACCUACUAAGACCUCCACGGCCAGAUGUAGAACGCCUAGUUCACCGUGUGAGGAGAAGAAGUGGCCGACUAAUGGGCAAAGGUUGACACCUGUUACUGACGCCAAUGCUGCUCGGAUAGCCGCCGACAAAUACGGGACUCUACCUCGGAGACGCCGGGAAGACACUGAAGGUUCGCCGAAACAUGACAGCACACCACCAUCUUCUAGGAGACCAACUGUCACACGUUCCGUGUCGUCGAGGUCGACGACGAAAACGAGAGUUCGGAUAUACGCGGAAAAGAUCUCACAAACAGUAUUGGUAGGAACUGAUAUUGAAUCAGCGCUGGCUGGGGUCACACCUAACAUUGAAAAUCGCGUGGAAGUGACUCGUUGUUCCCGUGGGGUGCAAGCAAACGCACGCGACUCGGAAACGGCGAGGCUGACGGCAGCGGCUGCGGCGGCUGAAGCUGCGGCGGCCGAAGAACGCGAGCGACGCGUGCAUGCUGAGACACAGCUGUCUGCCGAACGUGCUGCCCGUCUUGCAGCCAUUGCAGAACUUGAGAGAAACUCGCAGCGAUUGUUGGAACUUGCUGGAGCUGGUGCUGGCGCCGGCGCCGACGGAUGCCUACGCGCAUUAGAAGAGCAGUUACGUUCGACGGGCGAGUUGGCAGCCAAACAACGCGGUGAGAUCGACGCAUUACGAGCACACUGUGACAAAUUGCAUGCGGAAGCCUGCAAUGCGCGUGAAUCUGCAAGAUCGUUAAGCGCUCGCUUGGCGGAAGCAGAACGCGAAGCAGCCGAGAUGCAGGACUUUUUGGCCGCCGAGACAGGAGCAUUGAAUGAUUCUCUGAGAGACGCCGAGACCGAGCUAGCCAGGGUCAACGCGGACCUCGAGAGAAGACGCGCAGAGUGCCGCCAGCUGGUGCGCAUGUGCGAGCAGCGGCGGCAGGAGACGCUGGCGGCGGCGGCGCGCGCGCGCAGCGGCGGCGGCGCGGCCAAGGGGCUGGACGCACUCGCGCGCCGCCUGCGCGCCCUCACCGACGCCGUGCUGCGCGCCUACGCGCUGCCGCCCGACGCCGCCUUGCCCACCGUCUACCACAACGACGCUUUCAGCCGAAGCGACAGCGGCGAAGCCCUGUCCCCGGAGGACGAGCCCCGCGGCGGGCUCCUGGCGGCAGUGGCGCGGGCGCUCCGCGCGGCGCCCCCCCUGCCGCAGCCCGCGCCCGCGCCGCCUCGCACGCACACGCCCCACACCCCGCACACCCCGCACACGCCCCACGCGGCCGACGACGACCGUUCGCGCAUGUCCGACGACAACGACAACUCCGCUGACCUCUUGGACUCGGAGACCGAGCCGUGUCUUGUUACCGAUCCAGAAUACGCAGAGGAAUGGUGGUCCGGCGCAGAGGGGGCAGGCGGUGCAUGGAGCGGCGAGGAACUGUCUCCCGAAAGAGAAUCAUGCGGAGACAUCGACCAGGCCGAGUCCCCAGUGUCAGAGCGCGACUCCCUCCGCAACCUCUCCGCGGCUAUCGCCCACAGACAUCGCUCCGAAGCUGAAGACGCUGAAAGAGGGUCCCUACUAGAGCGCGUGCUGGCACUGGAUAAUCGCCUGUCGGAAUUGUUGAGGGCUCUGCGGUUGGCGGCUUCAGCUGCAGCGGUUAACGACGACGCGGAUUGUAUGAGACUCGCAGCUGCUUUGAAAGAUAAAAUAGACAUAACAGAGAAGAAUGUAGCAGAUGUGGUAGUAAAGAAGCUAGCUGAACUCGACGCCAGCAAAAACAUGAUGGAACAGUACCGACAAUCUAUUGAAACGCUCAAAAGACAAGCGGCACAAGCCGGUGAAGUUGACGAGCUGGAAUUUAUAGAAGAGGAGCUGUCAUCAUGCGGUGAGUGUGAGCGCAGACAGCUGUACGAUGCCUUAGACGCGGCUCUGACAGCCCUAGCCUCGAAGCAUCUCGCAGUUCGCGCAUGGCCACGUCUCGCCGCGUUGCACCAACGACUAGAGCGACUUGCCUUCGCUGUCGCCUCACCACCACCCGUCACUGCUCCUCUAACCGUCACUCCGCUGCAUACUACUGCGUAACGUACUGCGAAAGUUACGUCAUUGCAUACUAACUACGCAACAUAGUGUUAAAGUUACACCAUUGCAUACUACUACGUAACAUAUUGUUUAAGUUACGCCAUUGCAUACUACUACGCAAAACACUUAAAGUUGCAUUGCAUACUAAUACGCAACAUGCUGUUCAAGUUACGCCAUUGCAUACUACUAGGUAACAUACUGUUCAAGUUACGCCAAUGUAAUGCGUACUACCAUAUAACGUAUAGCUGAAGUUACGCCAUUGCACACUAUAGCGUCGUAACAUAUUCGUAGUAGUGUUAUACUCUACUGUAUGCCACAGUUAGAGUCGAAGUCACGCCAUCUUUAAAUACUAUGUAUAGAUUAUGCGAUUGCAGAAUACUGCGUAAUUCUAUUCUCUAUCUAUUAGAACUGUUAUUUUUGUCACAAAACGGAGGAAUCUAUUCAUUUGGUAAUAUAUAUAUUUUUCUGUGGGCUGAUUUUAGCAUUAAAAUUAAAUAUUAAUCUACUUAAAUAUAUUGGGAUUAAAUCCGAUAAUCCAAUAUUAUUUGUGAGAAGUAGUGACAAAACAGACAAGUGCAUCAGUGCUAAUGAUAUCUAAGUAAUCUGCUUAAUACAUAUUUUUUAGAACCGAUUCCUACACUUCCAUGUUUUAGAAUGUAACGUUGAUACUAGGAAACAAUUAACAUUUUGUAAGAUGAUUGUGCAUUGGAAGCAUCAAUGGCAUGCCUAGUUAAAAGCUUAGUUAAUGUGGAACCUGCACCUUUCUGGCCUCCGUCCUUUUAUGACAAAGUGGAUUCAUUCCUUGACAUACAGUGCAGUAGAACGAUAGUUUGUACGGGUUGUCACAUUUCAUAGUAACCAUAUUUGAUUUUUUGUAAUUCAUUUAGUAGCAGUAGAGCUCCUAAUGAAAAAUUUCCUCCACCUCACCCAUUUCUGCCGCCAAGGGGCAAUGUGGGCUUUAUUGCGUUCCGGUUUUGAAGGGUUAGGGGUGCUGGUGAACUUAUAGGCACUUGGAACUAGUCAACUUAAGUCUC